AUGAAUCUUCUGUUAUUGGUAUUCUUGAGCAUUUUCGCCUUGGGAACAGCCACUGUGGCCCCAAUCAACAAAAUUGAAAAUGUAAAGGCCGAUAGUGACGCGUCAGAAAAAAUAAUUGCUGACAAUCAGGCCGAACCGAAUUCUCAGGAUGCAACUGACGAUAAAAAAGUGGCAAAAAGAAGUUAUGGUUGGAAUCCGUGGAGUUACAUAGGAUAUAGUUACUGGCCCUGGUAUGGUUUUGGAUGGUAUCCAAGUUGGCCUCUAUAUUAUAGUCACGGAUAUAGUGGAUACGGUGGAUAUGGUGGAUACGGUGGACAUGGUGGAUACGGUGGACAUGGAUAUGGAGGAUAUAGUGGAUACGGUUAUGGAUAUCGUAGCCACGGUGGCUGGUACAAGGGAUGGUAAAUUAAGAAAAAAUAGAAAGGAUAGAAAAUCGUC